CAGCGACAGGUCGUGGAUGUGAUAUUUGACAAAUCAUGACUUUGACGAGAUAUGCAAUCAUUAUUUUCAGCCUUGCUGGAAUUUUUCUGUCAGCAGUACAAGCACAAAUCGGAAGUUCUCGAGAUUUCCAAGACGAAGAAGCUGUUUUAUUCACGUUUUAUGAUCGAUUAACACAGCAGACAUAUGUUAGAUACUCGCAGGGUGCGGGUGUGGGACUUGGAGGGACGGCAUCGAAUUUCAGUGUUCUCGCAACUGCAAGUGACAAACGUUCCGAAUUUUAUGGUUUGACAACCAGCUACAAGACGAAAGAAAUAUUCUUUCACGAACAUGUAUCUGAAGAACUGAUGGUAUAUGAUGUGUUGGCGGGAGAUAUCAAGAGAGUGGCCAAGUUUAUUACUGGUGGACUGAAAAACAUUGUGUAUGAUUUUGUAACACGGGUCUUGUACUGGACUGAUUCAAUCGAAAAAUCGAUUAUUGCAUUAGAAAAGAAUUAUCGUCACUUAACAAGAAUAUAUCAAACCAAUGAAGUUGGAGCACCUCACGGAUUAGCAAUACAUCAUAUAAAAAGAAAACUAUUUUUUUCUCAAUUUUCCCUGGAUAUUGGAGGAAUUGACAAGUCGAUGAUUGCAAAAUGCGAUUUAGACGGAGGCAACAUAGAAAUAAUAAUGAGAUUUCCGGACACAAUCGGAGCUCUUGCAAUCACGAUUGACAUUGAUGAUGACAAACUGUUCUGGUCCGACAUGAACCUACUUGGUCAAAGUGUGAUUAUGGGUAGCGAUCUCAACGGAAAUAGAAAAAAACAAUUCUUUUCCACUUCUACCGGAAUCAUGGUUGGACUUGCAUACUUUUCGAGAAACUUCUAUGCAACAAAUUCUGGAAGUAGAUCUUCUAGAGUGGCUAGGACCAAAAUUCAUAUUCGUUACAAGGACACAUUUGGCGGAACUGAUCUAAUAACGAGUGCUGUUCCCAGAAAUGUAGCAGGAUACGGACCAACAAAGGCGACCAAAGCACUGAUAAACAACGAAUGCAACAAUAAGUGUGAUCAUAUUUGCUUAGCAUCGGCUAACGGAGGACACGUUUGUAAAUGUUCGCCUGGUUAUAAGCUUACCAAUAGAAACAAGUGUGAAACUGAAAUGUUGGAUGAUGAUUAUUUAAUAUUCUCCGACCUUGGCCAGAAGCGACUCUUUCAGAUGAAGUUAAGCGCAGAUUCUGAAGAUGUUACAGAAUUCAACGCUGUUCCUCUGAGUGAUGCAUAUGAAAUAGCCAUCGUAGCCAAGGCCGUGGAUGCCAGCAACGGGGACGUUGCUUAUUACGAUGGACGAAAUAAAGAGAUACUGUGGAGCAGGAAUUCAAUACCAUUCACGGCAGGGGGAGUGGCUGGAAUGGAAAUUCAUCCAUGUGAAGGAAAGCUAUUCUUUCACACAUUGUCAGGAAUAUAUAGCUGGGCACCUGGAGAUAAAGCAUACAAAUCAUUAUAUCAAUUACCUUUCUUCUCAUCUUCUGAUUUAUUCCAUGUAGCAUUGGAUUUAGCAAGAGGGCAUAUAUAUUGGACCGAAUAUGACGGAUUGGCAAAAAUGGGAAUAGUACGCAGAAGUCUUUUGGAUGGAUCGAAAAAAGAAAUUGUUUUAGAAACGACACAGUACAUGAAGGCGAUCACAGUGGAUCACGAAACUUACACCCUCAACGUAUUUUCAACUGCAAGCCGAAUUCUGUAUUCGCUGCCUUUAAAGAUAAUGGAAAUGAUUCCUUCCAAAGACCCAGAAUAUUAUCAAUAUAAAAAAUACGAUCUUUCAACACAAUUAACCAAUCGAACCAUCGUCAAUGAUAUCUCUGUUUACAACGGGAUGGUGUAUUUAGUUGAUACAGAACACGACUCAAUUCGACGUUUUUCGUUGGUGAGAGGACCGUCAUCAUUAGAGAAUUAUGGUCCAGGUGGAUUCUUCUACGCCAUAGCAAUUAGUUUCUACAGUUCAGAACAUUUCAUGAAACACAUGGUACCUCUACCAAGUUGUCAAAAAUUUCGACCAACAGAAACAACAACAACAACAACUGAAGCAACAACUCCUUCUGCAGCUCCAGCAGUUGGUGGAUCCAACGUAGAUGUUUGUGAUGUAGUUUUGGAUAAAAUAUCAGCGAAAGCAGACAUCAGCACAGCAAUUAAAGUUUACUUGUCCUGUCUUUUCCGGAGCUCGGGUCCAGGUGGAUUGGCAGGAUUAGGACUAGGACGGUAGAAUGAUAUUCGGGAAUGGCGAAUGAUAACAUCAUCCCGCUUAUUUGAUUUCAAUGUUUUAUUUGUGAUCUCAUAUUUCUGUGUUUACUAUGUUUCUUUCUAUUCACGAUCGAAAUAAAUUUGGCAAGGUAACUCAGUUAUAACGAAAAAAAAAACGUUUAUUUAAUUUUUAUGGGGUAAGAUAUAAUAUAGUCUAUUGAACAUACAUUGAAACUAAAAUAUGGUUAGUCUGGAAUGGUCUAUGACGUUAACAAAAUCUGUAAAUUGUUCCUAUUUCCGUUUAAUUAUAGUUACUUGACCCAAUAUAACAAGUAUAAUCAAUUUCUACCAUGUGUCGUCGUGUAUCUAUCACAUCACUUCUUUCC